AGUGCUAUUUUGUAUGUCAUUUGAUCUUAAUUAACUUUAUUUUGUUCCAGAAUGGAGGAGCAAAGGAUGGCCUAGACAUGAACUUAGUACCAGCAUGGAAGAAAGGUUACACAGGAAAGGGAGUAGUGGUGUCAAUCUUGGAUGAUGGCAUACAGACUAAUCAUCCUGAUUUAGCUCAAAAUUACGAUCCUCAAGCUAGUACAGAUAUCAACGGCAAUGAUGACGAUCCCAUGCCACAAGACAACGGCGAUAACAAGCACGGGACAAGAUGUGCAGGGGAAGUUGCUGCAGUUGCUUACAACCAGUUUUGUGGCAUCGGGGUCGCUUACAAUGCUAGCAUUGGAGGUGUCCGCAUGCUGGACGGCGUGGUAAACGACGCUGUAGAAGCCCGUGCUCUCGGCCUGAACCCUGAGCAUAUCGACGUUUACAGCGCCUCAUGGGGUCCGGAGGACGACGGCAAAACCGUCGACGGUCCAGGUCCUUUGGCACGACGUGCGUUCAUCUAUGGAGUCACCAGCGGCCGAAAGGGCAAGGGCAGCAUAUUUGUUUGGGCCUCGGGCAACGGAGGUAGACAUACGGACAGCUGCAACUGCGAUGGCUACACAAAUAGUAUAUUCACACUUAGUAUAUCCAGUGCUACGCAGGGAGGUUAUAAACCAUGGUACUUGGAAGAAUGCUCCUCAACAUUAGCAACGACUUAUAGCUCAGGUACUCCAGGACAUGACAAAAGUGUUGCUACAGUAGAUAUGGAUGCUAGAUUGCGACCUGACCAUAUAUGUACUGUUGAACAUACUGUUUUAGCUGCUGGCAUCUGUGCAUUAGCACUGGAAGCAAACCCAACACUAACAUGGAGAGACAUGCAGUACCUUGUGGUCCUUACGUCGAGACCACAACCGCUCGAGAAAGAAAGUGGUUGGGUGGUGAACGGAGUUCGAAGAAAGGUUUCCCACAAAUUCGGUUACGGAUUGAUGGACGCUGGUGCACUGGUGACAUUAGCUGAAAAAUGGACUACUGUACCACCUCAACACAUUUGUAAGAGUCAGGAACUCAUAGAAGAUAAAUCAAUUAAUCCUGGUACGACGUUAGACUUCUACAUGGACGUCGACGCUUGUGGUGGCACCCUUAACGAAGUCCGCUUUUUGGAGCAUGUGCAGUGCAAAAUAUCUUUGAGGUUCUUUCCAAGAGGUAACUUGCGCAUCCAACUUACGUCGCCCAUGGGUACCACAUCUACGUUAUUAUUCGAAAGACCUAGGGAUGUGGUUAGCUCCAACUUCGAUGAUUGGCCCUUCCUCAGCGUGCACUAUUGGGGAGAAAAGGCAGAAGGGCGGUGGCAUCUCCAGAUCGUUAACGCAGGAAAUCGCCACGUCAAUCAACCAGGAAUACUGAAGAAGUGGCAGUUAAUCUUCUACGGCACUUCCGUUAAUCCAGUACGACUUAGGACACCAAAUGGAGCGAGAUCCACGCCUUGGAAAUCACCUCUGAAUAAUAUCGCUUUCCCUACUCAACCACAACCUCUUCCGCAGGUUUCAAAUAACUUCUUUGAUACUUCCGACUACUUUAAAAACUUCCAGAACUUUCCUAACGUGUACGAGUUCUCGGGAUCCGAUCAAGACCCCAUAGUGAGUUCGUUGGACGGCAAAAAAGUGCGUGACAACAACAGUCAGAAUAAUCAAGUGGACUUAGAUCUGGACGACGAGCAGUCCAGGGAUGGAUGUGACGAACAGUGUGAUGAACAGGGAUGUUUCGGGAGAGGCCCCGCUAAGUGCAUCGCUUGCAAAAAUAAAAGGAUGGACAAAACAUGCGUGUCGGUGUGCCCACCAAGAAGCUAUGCUGACAGCCAAGGCGUUUGUCAAGCAUGUCAUGAAGCCUGUGAAACCUGCACGGGGCCAGACCAAAGAAGUUGUCUCACUUGCUCACCUGGGCAUGUCAGAGUUAUUGACCUGGAUAUUUGUUUGCAGCAAUGCCCUGAGGGCUAUUAUGAAAGCUAUGCUGAUAAAACAUGUAUACCAUGUCAACCAAACUGCGCAAGCUGUCAAGAUAGACCAGAUUACUGUACGAGUUGUGAUCAUCAUCUCUUGCUGUAUCAAAAUAAAUGCUUGGCAUCCUGUCCACAAAAUUCGUAUGAAACAGACGAUUACAGCUGCGCCCCGUGCUACGAGACCUGUCUAACAUGCACCGGAGGCGGCAACAGCAGCCAAUGUGUGUCCUGCCCAGUAGGGCGGUUCUGGCACGAGGGGCGGUGCGUGCGCGAUUGCCCCGCCCACCAUUUUGCAGAUCGACGCCACGGGGAGUGCGUCGAGUGUCCGCCAGGGUGCGGCGAGUGCAAUCGCACUACGUGCCUCUCAUGCUUGGACGACUGGAAGGUAAAUUCGAAAGGGCGGUGUGUCGCAGAGACUAGUGAUAAGUGCGACGUUGACCAGUAUUACGACAGUGGACUGUGCAAGCCCUGCCAUUCUACUUGCGACAGUUGCGAUGGACCAACAGAAAAGGCCUGCCUCUCGUGCGCCAGCCCUUUGAUCCUGCAGGGCACCAAAUGCGUGGGGAAGUGUGAUAAAGGAUACUACAGCGGCAGGGAGAGUCAACUGUGCGAACCAUGCUUGCACACGUGCUCUAGGUGUCUAUCAAAGACGAAUUGUACCGAGUGUAGGACUGGGCUACAGCUCCAGAGCGGUGAAUGCCUGUCAGCAUGUGCAAACGGCUACUACAGCGACAAAGGAGCCUGUCAGCGGUGCUACAUGAGCUGUCGCACUUGCAGCGGUCCAGGUCGAGAUCAGUGCGUCUCCUGUCCCACCGGAUGGCAACUUUUAGCAGGCGAAUGCAGGCCAGAUUGCCCGGAAGGAUACUACAAAACGGUAUACGGUUGCCAGCGGUGCCAUUAUUCUUGCAAGAACUGUCCAGGUAAGAUAAGAUAUAAUGCUAGAGGAGUUCGACUUAAGUAUAGAUACUUCUAG